UAUGGCACCAUUGAAAAAGAGCCUGAAAACGUACUAAGAUUAUAACGGCUGUACCCAACGGGUUUCAGUGAUUUGUGUGCAAGGAUAUCUUUUGAAGGGUGCCAUGGUUUCCAGACCAGCAAUCACAAUGGUAGACACCAUUAAUGUGCUGCCAUUCUUUGGUGAGAAACUUAAUGCCAUUAUUGAAGGCUUCAAGGAAAAUGAAAUAUGGCUGAAAGAAAUCAUGGAGGAAGCUAAGAUGUUGUUUAACAGUGGCUUUAAUGCAGAACCCGAAUUGAUGCCAAAGACGCCUUCAGAGAGAAAAAGGCGUAGGAUAUGUUCAUCGUUGGUCCAGGAUGCUAAUAAGAGGUUUUCAAGAAGCAGAAAGAGUUUAAGACGCUCUACAGUUCAACAGAUAAAGCUGAGAAAUCAGGUAUUUGAGGAAGAUAACGAUAAGUGCACUGAAAUAGUUGAGUAGACACUGCCUGCAUGCCUGACUCCAUCAGCAUCCUGUGUUGCAGUAACUACCAGUGGAGAAACUGAGACUAGCAUGUCUCCUUUUGUUCCUAGAAAUUACAGAUUUCCACUGGUUGUUCUAUCACUGAAAGAUAGCAAGGCUGCAGAAUCUCAUCAAAAGGAUCAAGUGGCCUCUGUGAGCCAAGCUCUGCAGAAUUUUGAAUGUGUGAACUUACUUCAGAAUGCAAAUGAGAUACGAACACCUCCGCAAAAUGGAACUGUGUUGGAAUCGUUGACCCCUGCUGCCUUGCACCAUGACAGCCCGAAUCAUGAGCAAAGUGGGUUGAAAAUCAAUGUUGAUGCCACUGAUGAAAGCACAGAAUCUAGCUCAGCUCACUUGGAGCUGAAUAAUUGUCCAGCUGAUGAGGAAGAUUUAAAUAAGUCUGCCUGCAACAGCAGAAGAUCACGUAGGUUGAUGCGGAAAAGCAUUGGUAGUCGCAGUUCCAGUUCUGUAAGGUUAAGUGAUAAGUACUCAUUGAAUGUUCAACGCGCCACCACGGUGCAGGAAUCCACCAAAACGUCAUUGCGCAAAUCCAUUGCCAGGAGAAAGAAUAACCUACUUUCUUCUCCCAGUUAUCAUGGCUCCACUGAGAAAAUUAAAGAAAGUGUGAAAAAUGAAUGUAGUCUCCAACAUGGAGUGGAAAGUAUUUCGAGUGAUUCUGGUGUAUUGGAUAGUGAGGAUUUACCUCCGAAAGGGACAGUGUCACCAUCAUAUUCUGCUUGUAAGGUGAUUAAACCAAAGUACAAAAGCUUUCUUCGUGCUGUUCAGAAGAAACAAUUAUUCAUGAGUCCAGUUUUUGUUGGCCGUACAAUGGUGAAGUCCUUCAUUAAUCACAAUACUCAAGUGAAAGUUGAUCCCAAGGAAAAAGAGAGGAUCCGUCUGGCAAAACUUAAGAAAACGCAAGAGCAAAAAGAAAGAAGCCAGAAACUGGAGGAAGGGAAAAAACACAAAUGGGAAGAGCUUAAAAAAAAGCGGAAGUUACGGCUGAAACAUGUUAUUGAAGCUUGUCCGCGAGUUGAGCAGCAAGAAGCAAAGAAGAAAAGUAACAUUGAGCAAAAUCAUUUUCGAACUUAUAAGAGUGAAAAGUUGCAUGAGGAAAAUUUUGCUGAAGAGAGUGCAAAAAAUAAACAAACUGUUAAGAAGAUAACAGGAGAGUCUCAAAGGUGGCAAGAGGAUGACAGAAAACAGAGAUUGCUACAGGGAGAAAAACUGCAGCACAGACAGCAAGAUGAACUGCAGCAGCAAUGUAGGCUGGCUGAAGAACAGUGGACAGUUGAACCGGAGAGAAAACAACAGCAUGAUCUACAUUUGGCUGCAGGCAAGGAGUGGGAAAGAAUGGAAGAGAGGUAUGUAGCAGUAUUGUCAUAG